CAGUCACAGAAAAUGCACCGCACCCGAGCACGUAGGCUGGACGAGAAACAAACGUAGUAAGGGCGGACAAGCGCAUCGCAAGCUUGCCUGCCAUGACGAUGAGGUGAACAGCGAUGGAUAUCCACAACACUCAGGCAAGCCAGCCAUCGUUAUCCACGAACGCUGACACCGGCGCGCCGCAACCAUCUGGUCACAGUCGUCGGUUUUCAUCGCGACAACCGAGGCAACCUACCGUGGACUCUCCGACGGUGAGCAACACACCUAAACUCGGCUCUGUCGUACCGUACCACACAUAUCAUCCCACAUAGACAGCACGAUGGAUGCAAGCGCACUUGGAUGCAUCGACACACCACUUUGGCCACGUACUGCGGCUGACAGGGCAGCAUGGGACCGUAAUCUGGUCGCCCGUUCGCCGCAACAAAUUGGUUUCUUGUUCAGCCUCGCCAGAUUGGCCAGCACAUAGGCUUGACAUUUUUCUCACACCUCUCCCUGUUCAACUGCUUUGACCCAUGUUGGCAAUGUCAUGGAGCACCGCAAUGGUGCUCAUAGCCAUCGUGGCCGUGACGCUCGCUUCAACGGGUGAUACACGAGGCGUAUCCGGGCUCGCUGUGGAGGCAAGCCGACCAAGCUCUGUACGGUUGACAGCGAGCGGUUUCAAGUGCGGCGCAGAAAACGUUUGCAACCUCAUCGUCGACACGACAGCGGCAGCUGUUGACGGCGUGACCACCAACCUAGCCUCUCACCCAGGUGUGUACUUGCUGACGAGCAUACGCCUGGUUGACGUUGCCUCUCUGAGCUCCACACCCUCCCUUACGUCAUCCCAAGAGUUGCUCGCCACGGGUGUCCGGAUCAUCAUUCGACCUGAUGCCGACCAGUUCCGUUUUUCACUGUCGUUUUCACGACCAGCCCCGCCGUUGUGGAUGCUACCCUCGGCGCAGCUGUUCGUCCAAGCCGAUGCGGUCCGCGGGUGCGGUCCAAGUGAGCUUGGUGCCGCAUUGAUCACAAACGACUUUGUUCCCGUCCAUGGCACUGCGACUGCAGCGUGUCUGACUGGAGGCGACGCCGUACUCGCUGUGUGUGCCGAUGACGGCCGGUGGCACGCAGCAGACGCUGUCGCCGCGGCGGCGUGCGCCAAGCGCGCGGAAGCAUUUCCCGAUGCGGCUGUGCGUGCUGCUGAUGUCAAGCGGGGUAUUCCGUCGACAGCGACAGACACGUCGAGCAUGACCUCGCUCACCUCGAUCGCAAUGGCCGGCGGCUCGCUCAUCGUACUCGCGACGAUAUUUGCCGGCUGGGCGAUAUGUCGGAAACGGAGCCAGCAGGUGGCACCGAAGGGCGCUAUCCGCAUUGUGGUGAGGCAGCGCGCCGGGCAGAAUGCGUCAGUCUCGUUUUUGGGUCCGACUCGUCAGUGCAGCAGCCGAUCAAGAUGCGCCCACGGUUGCCGUUUUCGCUGGCACCGAACACAUCGGCAAGCUCGUCAAAGUCGUCACCAAAGGCCUGGAUCGGCGGCGUGCCGCAGCCGGUACAUCUCGAUCACAACCUGCACCAAGGCCGUGCCGAAACGAUUGAGAGCCAGCGGUCUUCACGGACGACUAGCUCGUCGGGAAGCUUAUCGUCAUCGACCACAAGCGACAUCGACUACCACCCCGUGGUUGCAGUUGUGUGCAUUGAGGAGAAGGACCGCAUGGAGCGGUACUUUUCCCCAGCGCAGCUGCUUGUCGCGCUCAAGAUGAUGGAUGAGCAUGUGGCGGCCGCUGCGAGGGAAGGUGGCGGCCGCGUGAUGCAGUAUAAUGUGCCUGGCGUGUGGCGAUUGCAUUUUCCGGAAGCUUCGGCAGUACGUGCCGUCGAGGCUGUGAUUCGGUUGCAUGACCGCUUCCUUGACGCCGCUUGGCCCGAGUUUGUGGUGCGUGUCGGCCGGUUCUCCAGGCAGAUGCACAAUCCCGGGGCGCAGAAGCAGAUCCUGUGGCGCGGCAUUCGAGUCUCGACAGGCGUGCAUCACUUUGACGGCAAGCACUCCCCGUCGACCCAAUUCCGGGAGGCGCUGGCUGUGACGGCGCGGACGCCGUCCGGUCAUGUUCGGAUCACGCCGGGCGUGUUCAAGCUCUUGGCCAAGGUGCCAACGCACCGUAUUGUCAUCGCGUCAGCACGCCAUGCGCUGUACUCGGCCGCGCUGCCGGACUCGGUCACGAACAUUCGCGAGAUCGGCUACACCGACUUGCCGCUGAGCACAAACUCGUUUGUCGCACCCGAGUACUCGCGGUCGACGCUGGCCAUCACCACCGAGUCAAUGACAGGAUCAGGCCUCUCCGGCGUCCCGCGGCUCAAUUUCUCAGGCUCCUCAAUGUUGUCUGCAUUGGAGCGUGGCAACCCCCGCCACCAGAAUUCUCUCAGUGCGUCGUCGGACACCGUAGCAACCUGUCCACAGAGCAACCGUCUCAUGACGCUCGAUCUCUCAGUUGUUGUCGAGAGUGCAGGGCGGACGACGGGUCGGAAACUUCCAGUCAUAGAUGCGGCGAUUACGUUGCCGUCGUCGUCGUCGUGUUCAUCAUCGCCAUCGUCAUUAUCGGCAUCGUGUCUUCAUCGUCGAUGUUUGCCUUCUCGACGUCGAGCAUGGUGUAGAGCUGAAGGAAUACACUGCGGACUCAUCCAAUUUCGUGGGAAAAGUACUCAUACGAGUAGGUAAAGUCCGGGUCUGACGG